AUUAUUUUUUUUUCCAGAAACAAACACGGAACGUCAGGCUAGAGCCAAUGGGUACAUGGAUAAACUUUACUCGGGAAGCAAAGCCGAUCCUGUGAUGUGUCCUAGAGAAGGCUUCCUAGCUGAUCCCAACGAUUGCUCGGUCUUCUACAGGUGUAUUAAGUCCUUUAGUGACAAAUAUACGGUGUAUAAGUUCAAAUGUGGCCCAGGAACGGUCUACGAUCCGGACACAGAGAUAUGCAACCACGCUGGAAAUACACGACGCACAGAGUGUGGAGGCACUCUCAAGGAUCGAGACAAUGAAAAUGAUAUAGACAGUCACGAAAUGCCCACUCCCAUAACAACAAAAUUACCGGCAAUUUCAGAUAAUACGGCAUCACAAAACUAUGUCAUGGCAAAUAAGUACCCUGGAUUUGUUAGCCCGAUACCUUCGUCCACAAACUAUCCCAUGCCAUCCGAAGACAUGAAUUUAGUUUCGAUAGAAUCUUCAUAUGGAAAUCCAUUUGCGUCAACAAUAUUACCAGCUUAUGAAAUAAAUAAAACACCUAGUUUGAUGACAACAUUAUCUGUAAAGACUACUACACCUAAAGGAAUUUACUCAGAUAACAAAGGGGAAGAUAAACAAAAAGGCGACGAGUGCACCAAAGAUGGAUUUAUGGGUGAUAGCGAGAACUGUCGAAAAUUUUAUAGAUGUGUUAAUAACAAUAAUAGAGGCUACUUACGAUACGAAUUUUUAUGCAGCGAUUUAACGAUUUGGGAUGAUGAUUUACAAAGCUGCAACCAUCCCUGGGCAGUCCGAAAAAGACGAUGUGGAAGUGCCGAAGAUAUGUUCCCAUUAGCGAAUAUCCUAGAUUCUAACGAAGGAAACCAACCACAAAUUUCAUAUGGCGACAAAGAUUUGUCAACAACAAAGGCACCAGUAAAUUACAACUUUUAUGAAAAUAAAACUCAAACUAGCUUUAGCGAUAAAUAUACUUUUAAACCUGUAACUGAAAACGUGUACACCAGUAGUCAAGUUACAUCAAGCUCCGCUAAAUAUCAAACUUCAACAAUGUCUACAACUAAGAGUUCACCAGCCUAUACUAACAAUCAUUAUAAUAGUCCAAGCACACCUACGCCCCAGACAGAUAAAAAACCUUUAACUAUCGACUCUGAAAAAGAUAAAGUAAAAGAUAAUUCUCAAGGUAUCAAAAGCAAUGACUGCUCUGAAAAUGGUUUCAUGGGAGACCCCAAUGAUUGUAAAAAGUUCUACAGAUGUGUUGGAAGUGGAAGAGGAAGAUUUAUUAAAUAUGAAUUUACGUGUAGUGAUGGUACAGUAUGGGACAGCAAUUUAGAUUCAUGUAAUUAUGCUUGGGCUGUAAAAGAAUGCGGUGGAAAAAAACAAUCGACUGAUGAACAUAAAAAUAUAUCAAGCACUACAGUUGCAAGUAAACCAGUAGCGAUAACUACAGAAACAAAUUCAGCUUACACUACACUUCAAAUGAUUGAUAAUAUUUAUUCUGGUGAUACUUGUUUAUCUAAUGGAAUUUUUGGAGACUCUAAUGACUGUCGUAUAUUUUAUAGGUGUGUCGACAAUGGACAGGGAAAGUUUGUAAAAUAUGUUUAUAAAUGUGAUGAAGGAACAUUUUGGGAUCCUACCACUCAGUCAUGUAAUUAUAUAGAUAAAUCAACGUCUUGCAGUCAAAUAUUGGAAAACAAUAAAACAUCAACCAGUGAAAAAGCUAUUGAACCUGUAUCUAUUUUACAAUCAACCACAGACAGAAACGAAAAUAAUAUCAAUUAUGAGACUGACUAUGUAUCAAACUAUAUGCCUAUUAAAAUACACACCUCGACUAAACGAUCAAUAAAUAAAAAUACUGUUUGUCAAACAUCUGGAUUUUUCGGUGAUAAUAAUGACUGUAAGACGUUUUAUAGAUGUGUGGACGACGGAAAUGGUAACUUCAUGCAGCAUGCUUUUUCAUGCGGAGAAGGAACUGUUUGGGACUCAAGUAUCGAAGCGUGUAAUCAUGCCUGGGCUGUAAAAAAUUGUGGAGGAGAAAGAUCAAGUACAUCAAAAGAAAAUUUGAACUAUCCUACUACCUCGCUAUAUCAAGAAAAAGAAAGUGACGGAUAUAAUAAUAAUUUUAAUAAUAUUCCCAAUACACAAAGUACAUUAGGAUACACAACUACGCCAAAAACCACUACGCACGAAGCCUUAAAAACAACGCGAUCAAUUAGUAGUAAUGGAUGUUCCGAAGCGGGUUUCAGAGGUGAUUUUAAUGAUUGCUCCAAAUUUUAUAGAUGUGUUGACGAUGGUAAGGGUAGUUAUAUUCAGUAUGAAUUUAGUUGCGGUGACGGUACUGUUUGGGAUCCCAAAAUACAAGCUUGUAACCAUAAAUGGGCUGUGGAAAACUGCAAUUUCAACAAUGAGGAGAACAAUAUUGAUAGUGUUAGUCAAAGUACAACAUUGAGUACAGCACAAACGACCAAAGUGUACCAUACCACAACAUCAAUCACUGUUGCAAGCAGUUCUCAAUCAACAAUUUUGUCGUCAACACAAUCAGGUAGCAAUGCUUGCAAAGCGGAAGGUUUUCACUUUGAUGAGAAUGACUGUCAAAGAUUUUAUCGAUGUGUAGGCGAUGGUAGAGGAACCUAUAUAAAAUAUGAAUACACGUGUAGUGAUGGAACAGCAUGGAACCGAGAAAUAAAUGCUUGUGAUUACUUAGAGAACACGUCUUGUAACAAUACAAGAAAAGAUAAUACUAAUGUUCAUCCUACAACAACUGAUAUGUCACAAAAAUUAACUACAGAAUCGUCACCUAAAAAUGAAAUGGCUUUAUCUGAUGAAAGGAAUGUAUGCAAAUCUGAUGGUUUCUAUGCAAAUACUGAAGACUGCACUAAGUUUUAUCGUUGUGUACGCGACGGCAAAGGUGGUUAUAUCAAAUACGACUUCUCUUGUGGUCCAGGUACAAUUUGGGUACAAGAAAAUCAAAUUUGUGAUCAUGAUACGGGGAUAACAAAUUGUGCAAGUGCUUCCACUGCAGAAGAACCUAGUUCAACGAACAAAUAUUCUACUACGACACAUUCGACAACUGCACCUCUUACAACAACCACUCAAAAGCAAAGCGAAGAAAGCUACGAUUCUGAAUGUAGUUCUGAAGGAUUUUAUCCACACGCAUCUAAUUGUCAAAAGUUUUAUCGGUGUGUGAAUGAUGGUAAAGGUUACACAAAGUAUGAUUUUACUUGCGGCGAAGGUACAGCUUGGGAUACCAAUAUACAAGCUUGCAAUCACAUAACCGAAGUUAAACGAUGUGAAACGCACGAAUCAAUAAGUCAAAAACCUGAACAAAGGCCAACAUUGCAAGAUGAGCCGCUAGAAUCGGAAUCAAAUAAUAAUGUAGAUACAACCAAACCUCCUAGUUCUACUACAGAAUCAAAUAAUAAUAAAAAAUCUACCAAACCUACCGUUACAGAAAGUACGACUGCAGGUACUUCUGCAAAAGCUACAUCAACAACAGAAAGUACAAAACCAACCAACAAAGAUGAGUGCAAAGAGGAUGGAUAUUUUGGAAGUAGUUCAAAUUGUAAGAAUUUUUACAGAUGCGUUAGCAAUGAAAAUGGGGGUUAUACUAAGUAUGAUUUUACAUGUGGCGAAGGAACUGUUUGGGACCAAACUAUUCUCGGAUGUAAUCAUCCUGAAAAUGUUUUGAAUGCUUCAUGUAAAUCUAGUGAUGACAAGGAAGAGACAGAGACAUCAACUUCGAAAGAGCAAGAUUCGUCAAAAAGUCCAGAAUCGACUAGUUCUACUUCUAGUUCUCAGUCUUCUAGUACUCAACCAACAACAGACCCCAGUGAAGAAUCAGACAGUAAUCAAUCGAAUAAUGAUACUUUUACAUGUACUGAGGCUGGAUUUUUCGCCAAUCCAAAUGAUUGCAAGAAAUUUUAUAGAUGUGUUGACUGGGAUAAUCAAGGAGAGAGGUUCUCCAUUUUCCACUUUGACUGUGGAGAGGGCACUGCUUGGGACCAGUCAUUAUUGACUUGUAACCAUGAACAUUUAGUAAAUUGUACCAAACAAAGUGAAAAUGCAACCGAAGAAAGUUCAACUACUACAGAAUCAUCCACGACAGAAACUUCCACUCAGCCAUCGACAACAACUACAUCAACAACACAAUCGUCAACCACGACUACAAAAAAACCUACAACACAAAAAACAACUACUCAUCAGACCACAACACAGAAAACGACUACUCAAGAAACGACUACCCAGGGAACAACGAUACAAGAACCGACUACCCAGAAAACGACAACAGAAAAGUCAACCACGCAUGAGUCCACAACGCAAAAAUCAACAACAACUACAGAACAGAGCACUACUACUGAACCAGCUACUGAAAAAACUUCAACAACAACUACUUCUAGUACAACUGAAAGUACAACAAGUUCUACUAGUCCACCACAAGAGACUACUACCACUGAACAACCCACCACCACAACUACGGAACAAGCAAGUUCAACAACUACGCAGUCAUCAGAACAAACUACUCAGACUGAGAAAACCACAACUCAGGAUUCAACUACUACUGAAGCCCAAACAGAAUCAACAACAGAAAGUUCAGCUAACAAAGAAUGCCCUCAAACUAGUGAGGACGAGUAUCUCUUUGUGUGUCCAACUUCCUUUAGGAGACACCCGAAAUACUGCAACCUAUUUUAUCAAUGUACAGAAGAUGAAGAUAACCAUGAAUCUAACAUAGCAACAUUCCACUGUCCAAAUAAUACAAUCUAUGAUGAAAGUAAAAUUCAAUGUGUUGAGGAGAAGAAAGCUGAUAAAAAAUGUGAAGGAGAAAUAGCCGCAAGAAGAAGAGUAAAACGGCUUGGAUAUAAUUAUAAGGAACCGAUUACCGUUGGAAAAGAGAAGAUGGCUUGCAAAAUGCCGGGGUACUACUUAUUGGAAACAACUGAAGAAUGUUCACCCGCUUUUCUGAAAUGUGAGAAGUCAAAAAGAGGCAAUGUAAAAGGAUAUAUCUAUAAAUGCCCAGAAGGCUAUUUAUAUUGGUCCAUAAGCAGACGAUGUGAACCUACUAGAAAAAUAAAAGACUGUAAGCGCUCUUCUUUCGAUUGGAGUGGAAGAAACGAACUACCAAUUGAAAAAUUGAAUGUAGCACCAUGAUGAUAAUAUCGAAUGUCUAGGUAUAGUUCAGUGCAAUAAGUAACCUUAUAUUAAUUAAGCUUUUACAAAAGUUCUUAAAACCUUAAAACGAUUAAUGAUAGUAAUAAAAUAAGACUUUAGUACUUCCCUUUAAAUUUACUUAGUACACGAUCUAGUCUCGCGCUCUACAUUUUUAUAAUAAUAAUUAGCGACAAAACUAUGUUAUUAUCACACCAAUGCUGCCAUAAUGUUAAUGACAUUUGUGAGCAAAAUAUUGUAAAAUGUAACACUAUUUUGAUCACGACUGGA